AGCUUGCCUCCGCUCUUCCAUCAUGGAUAACUCACCGACCUCACUAUUCGACUCUUACGAGCAGGACUACAAGCAGCUCAUCGAUGUACUACGGCCUAAACUCGAGGGCGAUGACAAGAAUGAAAGUGCAGAGCAGCGUAAGUCUACUCUACGGAGAGCCGAAAUGGAGCUAGAUGAGGCCGACGAAAUGGUAUCCCAAAUGGACAUUGAAAUACAAGGAAUCCCGCAAUCUAUACGAGCUCAAUACCAAACCCGCAUGCGAGAUGCCAAAGCAGAGCUCUCCCGGUACAAGAAACUACUCAAGGACCUCAACGCCCAACUCGCCCGCAAUACCUUACUAUCAGGACCCUCUGGGCUCACUUCGUCAGACGAACCAUAUGGCGUCAGCGACCGUACACGACUGUUAGCUGGCACAGCUCUCCUUGAUGACGGAACGAAACGACUGCAAGAUUCCCACAGGAUCGCGUUGGAGACGGAAGAGCAAGGCACCGAUAUUCUGAUGAACUUGCGCUCGCAGAGGGAGCAGAUUGAGAACUCACGGAAUGUUCUUCAACGGGCUGAUAGCUCUAUUGACCGUGCUUCUAAGACUCUCAAGGGCAUGAUAAGAAGGAUGUAUCAACAGCGUGUUGUAACCGGUGCUAUCAUCGGUGUUCUCGUACUUCUCAUUGUCAUCAUCGUCUGGGAGAAACUUAGUUGAUUGUUUCUCAUGUCAAACGUAUACCAUACGUACGCGCGACACCUUUCUUAUAUCGAU